AUGUGCUUCGUGACCGUUAGGAUUUCGCAGAGUCGAGUCGAGUGUCGCAAUUGCUCUUGGUUCUCGAGCUCCGCCAUAUCUUGUUGUGCUCGAGACCCUUUCUCUGGAUUGCUUGGAGUGUGGGAGCAUCGCGAGGCUUCUGUGGCAUACCUGGGGCCGUCGAAAGCAAAGAGAAUUCUCAAAAUGGAGGCUGUCUGCGGAAGCCCCUGUAUGGUGCGACCUGACUCGGUGAUUAUACUUGAGCUGGAUAGUUCUGAAGCUUGCCCCAAGCUGCCAACCACAGACAGGUUGGUGAGCAUGAUUCGUUUAUCAGCAACAAAGCCUGGCCUUGGCACUCCUAUGCGCGUUCCAGUGGAUUCAAACGGACAAAGACUCUGCCCAACUCCUAAGAGCGCGCGGGCUUUGGACUUCGGAAGCUCUGGAAUGAAGUGGCACACUAACCCCGCAUUUCAACCCCUGGAGACUAUGGAGGGUCCAACAUGCCCACCCAACCAGGUUAAUUGCCAUCCGCUCAAUGUUGCAGCUGACUCAAGUGGGCAAACACCACAGACCACGUCACUCGUCAAAUCGAGGACAAAUUCUGAUCAUUGUGUAUCGAGUUCUUCAGGGGGUCAGAAACUGCGCUUCCAGAAAGCUAUUACUUUCCAACCCCUAGAAACCAUCCAAAGUCCAUUCAUGCCAGAGGAGCAGGUCUGCAAACGGGUUCUUGGAGAUUCAAAUGGUCAAUGGACAUUAGACACUCCCAAAUUGUCCAACCGGUUCACUACUCCCAGAGCGAGAACAGCGGCUUUCGGAACUAAUUGUUCUAAGAGCAUGACACCGAGGAAUUUGUUCAACGAAGCCCCUCAUUCUACCAGUCGGAUUGAUUCUGUAAGAUCGGCCAGAGAUCCAUUUCCUUCGAAGUUAAGUAAGGAGCCGUCUAAUUCCUCAGCCAUCGGAACGUCUGAGCGUGAUCCAGAGGCGACCUCCACUUCAGCAGCUUCAACUUUUGGAGCUGAUUCCAAACUCAAGAAAAGAGUUAGAGGCGAGGAUGAUACCGAAGAGGGCAAAGAGAAUAUCAGAGUCACGAGGUCAAAAGCUGAGGCAGGGAAGAUUGCAGCAAUUCUCAAGUCUCCCGCUGUGAGGAUCCGUCUGUCGGAUGGAACCAGGCAAGAGUAUUACGGCGCACUUAGUAAAUUAUCUUUCAAGCCACUUGUAUCUGCAGGGACUAAGACUGAAAGCUGUGCACCGGAAGUAGCGUGUGAUACAAAUACAACUAUGCUGCCUAUGCAACCGGAAAGAGGAAAUCUGCUGCUGGGUGCAGGACGUUUACCAACGGUACAGGAGUCACCUGCACUUCGUGUUCGAGUGCAUAGCCCUACAAGCCAACUGGGUAGCCUUCUCAGGAGCCCCCUGGUGAAAUCAUCCAAGAAGCAAAUUUUCAGCGAUAAAAAGACUCCUGCAGCUGCUCUUGGAGGUAUCGGAAGGUCGUCGAGCAAGCCAGCUUCCGCUAAAAAGAACCUCUCCGUCUUGCUUGAGGCUGAACUGUCUUCAGCUUCAAAUUUGUAGCUUGUGGUAAUAUGAGGGAGGUUUAACCUUGGGUUACUUUCUGCUUAACCCGCUUCACCUUCCUCUUGUUCUACGUUAUGAAUAUAUUUCUACGAUUUUGCUAGUAUACAGAUACCAUGUGGGCCGUUUUCAUUAACCAAUCUGGUUUAAUUGCUAGAAACGGGGAACUCACUUUCAAUACCUUGUACAGAAGCUUGAGAUCAGUACAGCUUAGAUUUUGCUCGACUAAUUUUAUUCCUGACUUCUCAUGUUCAGUAUGAAAUUUCCUCAAA